ACUCUGCAUUCACUAUAUCUGGUCUCCCCGAACCCUGCAUUCACGAUAUCUGGUCUCCCAGGACCCUGCAUUCACUAUAUCCGCUCUCCCCGGACCCUGCAUUCACUAUAUCUGGUCUCCCGGGAUUCUGCAUUCACUAUAUCUGGUCCCCCCCCCCCCCCCCGACCCUGCAUUCACUAUAUCUGGUGUCCCCGGACCUUGCAGUCACUAUAUCUGGUCUCCCCCGACCCUGCAGUCACUAUCUCUGGUCUCCCCGGACCCUGCAUUCACUAUAUCUGGUCUCCCAGGACCCUGCAUUCACUAUAUCUGGUCUCCCCAGACCCUGCAGUCACUAUAUCUGGUCUCCCCGGACCCUGCAUUCACUAUAUCCGGUCUCCCCCGGACCCUGCAUUCACUAUAUCCGGUCUCCCCGGACCCUGCAUUCACUAUAUCCGGUCUCCCCGGACCCUGCAUUCACUAUAUCUAGUCUCCCCGGACCCUGCAUUCACUAUAUCUGGUCUCCCAGGACCCUGCAUUCACUAUAUCUGGUCUCCCAGGACUCUGCAUUCACUAUAUCUGGUCUCCCAGGACACUGCAUUCACUAUAUCUGGUCUCCCACAGUACACAAAACACGGAAGCGCAAUUAUUUUUAGUAAAUAUAAACUGCUAAAUACAUUUUCUCAUCAGCAGUACCAGUAGAUCAGUCUUGUGACUUCUAUCAGUGUCCAGCAGAGCAAAUGUUAAAGCUUGUAGGAGGAGUUUUCAUUCUGUUCUAGGAGGAUGCAAAAUCCCUGAUCUCUGUUUGGACAGUGCUGAUUGGUCCUGUGCUGAUCACAUGCACUCUCCCAAAAAAAAAAACCCUCUCUAGCAAUACACACCAAACUGCGCAUGUGCAGAGUGACUCCACACGAUAUGUCUUACCAGAAGAUAAGAGGAGGACACUGGAAGAAGGGAAGGAAUCAGAGAAGUCAGGGUCAAACAGCCUUUUUACACAAUGCAGCGGAUUAA